CCACAGCUCUUCGUUGAACCCGGAAACACAAGCUUUCAUCAAACCCCGGCGACCGGCUUCUUCCUGUGGGUCACAUUUCGCCGCAGUUUGGAAGAAAUGGCGGAAAUGGAAGAAUUGUUCGGGAGUGAUGGAGACAGCGACAAUGAUCAGCAAGAGUCUGGCUCUGGCUCUGGGUCAGACUCCGAGCAGGAGAGACCCCGAUACGCCAGCAACGCCUCAGGGAGCGGCAGUGACAGUGAGAGGGAGCGAGAUGACGAUGACGAUGAAGGCCAGGGAAAACCCAGUAUGAAUAAGGAGCUCUUUGGAGACGAUAGUGAAGAUGAGCAACACAGCCAACACAGUGGAAGUGACAACCAGUCUGAACGCUCAGGGAACCAGACGGACGGCAGCAUACACUCAGACCAGGGCGACGUGUAUCACUCUGACAAUGAGCAGCACAGCGGUUCAGAGCAUGGCCAUCGAGAUGAGGAUGAGGACGAGGAGGAUGGCCACCGGUCUGAUGCAGGAAGCCCGGCCGGCAGUGGGAUUUCUGGUGCGGGCAGCCCUCACUCUGACAGGGGCAGUGUCCGUUCAGACAAAAGUCCCCACAGUGACCCUGGAACACCACAGUCAGGACCUGGCACUCCGCACUCUGACGGAGAAGCUUCUGGCAGAGAAAACCAAUCGGACGAUGAGAAAUGGCGAGGAGGAGCUAAGAGCGACCAGUCAGAGGAUGAGGAGGAAAAACAACAUUACUCUGAUGAAGAAAGAGAGAUAUCUGAUGAUGAAGGGCCAAGGAACAGGAAAUCGGAGUCUGCAAAGGGCAGUGACAGUGAGGAUGACUUCAUUAGACAGAAAACCAAACCAAAACACGGGUCCGAUUCAGACUCGGACAGUGAUAUUGGAUCAAGGAAACCAAAGAAAGCUGCAGCAGACGACCUGUUUGGAGAGGCGGAUGACAUUUCUUCAGACAGUGAUGCAGAGAAACCUCUAACCCCAGGACAGCCCUUGGACGCCGAGGAUGGAAUUGAGGGCGAACAGGCAGAAGAGGAGCCAGCACCUGAGACACGUAUUGAAGUGGAGAUCCCAAAAGUCAGCACAGACCUUGGAUCUGACCUUUAUUUUGUGAAGCUACCUAACUUCUUAUCUGUGGAACCCAGACCUUUCGAUCCUCAGUACUAUGAGGAUGAAUUUGAGGAUGAAGAAAUGCUGGAUGAAGAGGGACGGACCAGACUCAAAUUAAAGGUGGAGAACACAAUUCGAUGGAGAGUCAAGCGAGAUGAGGAGGGAAAUGAAACUCGAGAGAGCAAUGCACGCAUUGUAAAAUGGUCUGACGGCAGCAUGUCCCUGCACCUGGGGAACGAAGUGUUUGAUGUUUACAAAGCUCCUCUCCAGGGUGACCACAACCAUCUGUUCAUCAGACAGGGCACUGGACUUCAGGGACAGGCUGUGUUCAAAACCAAACUCACUUUUAGACCCCACUCCACAGACAGCGCCACCCACAGGAAAAUGACCCUGUCUCUGGCCGACCGCUGCUCCAAGACGCAGAAGAUCAGAAUCCUGCCAAUGGCCGGACGAGAUCCCGAGUCACACCGGAAUGAAAUGAUUAAGAAAGAAGAGGAGCGUCUGCGAGCCUCUAUCCGCAGAGAGUCCCAGCAGAGGAGGAUGAGAGAGAAGCAGCACCAGAGGGGCUUGAGCAGCAGCUACCUGGAGCCCGACCGCUAUGACGAUGAGGAGGAGGGUGAGGAGGCAAUCAGCCUGGCAGCCAUCAAAAAUAAAUUCAAGGGAGGAGGCGGCCUCAGAGAGGAACGUGCAAGGAUCUACUCAUCAGAUAGUGAUGAAGGCUCUGAUGAUGAUAAAGCCCAAAGGCUGAUGAAGGCCAAAAAGCUAGACAGUGAUGAGGAGGGUGAGGGAUCAGGCAAGAGAAAAGCAGAAGACGAUGAGGACAUUCCCACCAAGAAGGCCAAGAAAUAUGUCAUCAGCGACGAAGAGGAGGAAGAAGAGGACGUUGAAUAAUUAUUUCUUUUUUUAUCAUGCUACUAUAUUAUCAGUCCCCAGACUACAUCGCAUAUUAACAGCUAUAGUUUGUUUUGUAUAUUUUCUUUAGACUCGUGUGGGUGUGUGUAUGAGUGUUUGUUGAUGUUGUGUACAGCAGAGGUGAGAAAUAAAGAAUUUGUUUCUUUAUGUAA